AUGGGCGGCAUCAAUUCUGUAGCCAUUCGAUCCACUCCUCACGACGACGACGGAAAGCUUGAUCUCGAGAAUAACUACAACAACAACAACAGCAACUUCCAUUCGAGAGCUCUCGAGGGUGAAGAAGCAGAACGAGCCUUACAGAGAGCUCUCUUCAUUGGCACCACCAACACUAACACCAGCACCAACAGCACCACCACUACUGAUUCAUCACCAGCACCACCACACCACCACACCCACCGAUCAGGAUCUGUUGCUUCUGAGGGAUCACCCAAAUCCAUUCCAAUUUGGCUCGACAACACAACCACUUGUUACUUUCCGAACCGUAACAAUAAGAGAUCUUCCUUUCUUCCUCAACAACGAUCUUUUUGCACCACCAAAUCCACGCAGAAACCAGCACUUUUAUGUAAACGAGAAUCAGAGUCCACAUUGAAAUCAUCCGUGGAGUCCACCUUCAAUACGGAUUCCAUCUCUCUGAAUGGCUCGAAACGAAGUCAUUCUGCUAUUGGUCUCUCACUCUAUGAAAAGUCAUUACUCACAAGGGAAUUGAAAGCGAGUAUGAAUGAUCACUUUCAACCACAAAAACAACAAAUGGUUGAAUCGGCCUCCAUGUUACACUCAUCGGUUUCAACGUCCUCAUUCCUUUCUUCGAGUGAUCACAAUAGAAACAGUCCUAAGAAAGCAGCUAAUGGACCUCAGAAUUCUUCAUCACAAGAUUAUGACAGUGAUACAUCGACGUCCUCUUCUUCUUGUACCAAUUCACCCCCACAACCACUCUUUCUUAAAUACUAUGUCAAGAAGAAUAAUGGUGUUGUUUCAACCCAACAAGGAGAUUCAUGUGCAGAUGACUUGUACGAUUAUGGCAAAUCUGAAAAGAAUCAACGAAACUUUCGAUCUCAAUCACUUCCAAAUACGAAUACAGAACCUGGGUCUCCCAUUCGACCAAUGAAGAAGGUUAACUCAGAUAAUUUCGGUUGUGACUUCCUUCCCAUCAUUGUCACACCUCCACCCUCUUCACCUGAACUCACUUCGUCAACGCCACCUUUUCGAUCCGUGAGUCAAGAAUUACAACAAGCCAAGAGAGAAAAACGAGCUCGACGAAAGAAGAAAUUACUCGAGCAACAAUUAAUCCACGAACAACAGCAACAACUCUUAGAACGCAGCAUGAAUAUGAAGUCAACCAUUCGAUCAAGCUCAGAAAUUAAGCUCAAAGAUAGUCCCAACAGCAAAAAGAAUAAUCAUGCAGAUCCUGCCCACCAAACACAUUGCACUCUUCCUUCCAUCUUUGAAAAAGUUCUUUCACAAACAAGAAACUAA